AUGGCUUCCCAAACACUCGGAUUCGUCGGCUGCGGAAACAUGGGAGGGGCCGUCUUGAACGGCAUUCUCGCCGCCGCAUUUACAAAAACCUCAACAGAACCAAAGCCUAUCUCGGGCUUUAUUGUAUGCACCAAGACCGCAGGCUCAGCGGCACGCAUCAAGUCCUCCAUCGCAGCCGAGCACCAAGACCUCAUCGAAGUCGUCUCUGGACAAAAUGUUCAAACUAUGAGAGACGCAGAUAUCGUUGUUCUAGGCUGCAAGCCUUUUAUGGCAGAAGAAGUCCUGGGAGAACGAGGCGUUCGUGAAGCCCUGUCCGGCAAACUCGUCAUCAGCAUGUUGGCCGGUCAGUCGUGCGAAAACCUGACUCGAAUUAUCAAAGACGCGCCUGGAGAUACACAUGCACCUCAAGCUAAGGACCCGGCAGUCAUGAAGGUUAUUCCAAACAUGGGUGCUCAGUUCGGUGAAUCGAUGACUAUCAUUGAGACGCCUUCGGAUGCCGUCUCGCAGUCCAUGGCUGAGACUGCCGAGUGGAUUUUCAAUCAGAUCGGGAAGGUCAAGUUUCUCGCGCCCGAGCAGACGGGUCUGGCGACUGUGCUUGUUGGUGCAACCUUGGCCACAUUGACGCUCCCGAUUGAGGGAUUGCUGGAUGGGUGUGUUGCCGAGGGGUUUAAGCGUGCUGAUGCGAUGGAGAUGGUUCUGCAGGGUAUCCGUGGGUUGUCUGCUCUUUUGGAGUCUGGUGCGCAUCCGGCUGUUGUGAGAGAAAGUAUUUCUUCGCCGAGGGGGUGUACGAUUCAGACACUUCUGAGUCUCGAGAAAGCUGGGACAAGGUCCGAUUUUGCGGAGGCUAUGAUUAGGGGAAAUAAGCAUCUCAAGGAAAAUAUGUAG